UAAACCGAAACUACUCAGAAUUCAACACAACAUGGAGUUGUUACUGAAAAUCCAUCACAAUUUAAUAAGAUUCACGAGGCUAAAUUUGAUCAAUAUUAAGGAAGUUUGUAUCGAUACUUUUAUCAUAGCCUUUCUCGACAUCUUCCUAAGAUUCAGUUACCAGUAUUUGGGAUGGCUUUCCUAUUUGUUUCGACCACUAGGUUUAUGUUGCUUAGCAAUUUUGUUUUAUCUACGAAGCCGUUAUCGACAAAAAGUUAUCAAGGUUUUGCUGAUACUUACACAUAUAAUAUGCGCUUGGAUUCUUGGAGAAAAUACCACAGUUGGAAGAAAUUAUGUUUUCUACCAUUUUUCACAGAUGUGCACUGGUUUGAUUGUUUGUUAUAUUUGUAACAUAAAUACACCACGUCGAGUUGGAGCUUAUCUGUACUGCUGUCUCUUAGCUGGAGCGAUUCUGCAGGAUGAACCUAGCUGGCUUAAUAUCUCUGCUGUUACUUUGAUUUCAGUUUUGUUGUUUAUUAUGUUGAAGAGUAAUGAAAAUAUUUGGUUAAUGGUCACUAAUUUUUGUGAAGGCAAUGUUCAUGAAAUUAUAGAUACACAUUCUAAAAGAAGAUUCUUUAAAGAUCCUGCCUUUCAGGUAUAUUUUGUGUUAAUGUUUAUUGUGACAUUGGUUUACAAUUACUUUAAUACUAACAUAUCAGAGAUGGGGACUUGCAACGUCAAGUCAAUUCUUUUGUCAACUCUUGGGAUGUGUUGUUGUUCUAUUUUAUCAGCAAACGCGUUUGGUACAUUUAUGAUUGAAAUCUCAAAACGAGUUUUAAAGUUUUGCUACUUCACCGUCUCAGGUUUGCUUGAUAUAGAACCAGAAAAUAUUAUAGGACUGUUUUAUAUCUCAGAUUUAUAUAUAUUGUUGGCGGACAUAGUUAUAUAUGAUAUGGAACCUUUUGAACGAGGACAGCUAAUUAUAAGCAGGUUGCUAUUAAUAACGGCUAUGUGUAUUGGUCACUGUUUAAUCAUAAUAGAGGCAACUUCUUCCAAAAUUGAAAUAAUACAAGGCAAUCUGUUGACAUGCAUGCGUAUAAUUUUUAUUCAUCUGGUAUUUAUUUUUGUACCUGUAAUACUCAUAUAUGUGAUAUUUGGUCAAUAUAGGAUGGACAAUUUAGGGAUCUUUUUGACGACGUCAUUUUUUGUAACACAUUCGAUUUGUGCAAUGUUUCUACUGUGUCUUUUUAUUCUAUUCAAAUACGAUGCAGUUCGUCAAAAUUUCUGGGACGGAUUUGACGAUUUGGUGUUUAAUAUUCGAUUUUCUAUGGGGAUAGUUCUUAUACUUAUACAAAUAUGUACAAUCGUGUACUCUCUGUGGACAUUAUUAUUUGGUUUUUAUAGAUGGGUAGAUUUGUUGAUGAUAAUUGGGAUUACUUACACAAAUAUAUACACCAGUGCUAUUAGAUUACAACUUGUCAUCAGCCAUAAAAACAAGAUCAGGCAUUUUACCAGAAAUUUGAUUGACGCGACAAGAGAUGAGCUUGUUGAACAUGAGGACGCCUGCCCGAUUUGUUUCCAGGAAAUGGAAGAAGCAAAAGUUACACCAUGUGCCCAUUUAUUCCAUGAAUCAUGUCUUCAGAAAUGGUUAAACACAAGACUUAUUUGCCCAGUUUGUCAACUUCAGAUACCCAUAUAAAACUUUCAAAUCUUUUGUUAGUGACAUACACGCUUCUAUAGACACUUCUCAU